AUGAGUGCAAUUAAAUCUCUUCUUCCACCAAAAAUUUCGGUUAGUGGAGUGACUGGAGCCUCAGGCUCAACAGCAGCACUUAGCGAUCUUUAUUCGAAGUUACCCAAAGGACCAGCUCCAAAAGUUCAGCCACAGGGAUUUUUUGGACGGUAUUAUGCAAGGUAUAUUGCUACUAGUUCGCCUGCUCCCAUUUUACAUGUUACUCUUGCAAUUGGUUUUAUUAGUUAUGCCUUUAAUUAUCAUUUUCAUUUAAAACAUCAUAAAACGAAAGAACAUCACUAA